AUGUUCCAAUAUAGCAGAGUUUCUGAGGAGGAAAAAGUUUUGUGUGCCUCUUUUAUGUUACGAGGUAGUGCCGGGCAUUGGUGGGAUACAAUCAAGUGUAUCGAAGAUGUGACUACCGUGACAUGGGACCGAUUCAAGGAGCUCUUCAGAAACAAUUAUUUAACAGCUCCCACACGAGCAAUGAAAAUGAACAAGUUUAUACAACUGAGGCAGGGUAGCAUGACAGUUGCAGACUACAUCCACAAAUUCGAACAACUCUCAAGGUUUGGGGAACAUAUGGUCAGUACUGAUGCUUUGAAAAUGGAGCGCUUCCUAGAAGGUUUGAAACCAGAACUUUAUAGAGACGUUUACAUGGCUGGGGUACAUGGAUCUACUUACUCACAAGUAGCUGAGAGAGCUCUUGUUGCUGAGCAAGCAGAACUAAAAAUAAGGAACGCAGUGGAAGAUAGACGCCAGCUUGUACAAAAACAAGGACCGCGUUGGGUUGGAAUGGAGAAGAAGAGGCCAAUGCAAUUUCAAACUGAAAGACCUAUAUUCCAACAACGACAAAGGCAAGAGCAAGGGGAUGCAAACAAGCGUAUUAAAUUCAUCCAAGGGAAAGCUCCAGCAUUGCCUCCUACUUGUCCAAAUUAA